AUGCCGAUCUUCCAAGCUGUGAUGAGCGGCGAGACCCAGGAAUACUACAAUUAUCGUAUUUGGCCGGCAUAUGGAAGGCGAAAAACCUACAUAUACACGCAUCACUGCAGUCUUUCACGCAAGCACAUCGACGCCAUGGAUCCAAUAACCAUCCUUGGGGUUACCAGCGGUAUCAUCUCAUUCAUUGGUUUCACCCAGCAGGUUUUUGCUCUGGCGCUCUCCAUUCAUGGCAAAGGGACGGAUGCACAGUUUGAUUACAAAACCGUCGAUGAGGUCACGGCUAAAGCAAAGGACCUGGCCGAGGGUACCCAGCGGAACCCGGCCAGGGACAGCCUCUCAGAUAGACGAGCUGUUGAAGUCCUGGGCCGGCGAUAA